CUACACGCUGUUCUCCCCAGCAAACCAGUCUGCCCAACGCCGUGCACGCCUCCCCUCACUCUCUCAUCUCCAGCAAAACGCACAACUUUAUGCUUUUCGCAACUUUAGUGUGCGGAUUAAAUUGUGUAAGCCGUUGGUGUCAAUUAGGCUGAUAGGGUAAUUGACGGAGGGGACGGCGAGAUUUGAAUCACUACCAGUCGGCUGUCGUUUGGACGCUCCAGGUCGCAUAGGUUCAUCUUUCGCUCCUUAGAACAUUGUGUCCUUCUUUUGAAGAAUGACAGCUAAACAUCGAAAGCCGAAAAACCAAAAGCAUGAAGAUAACUUUUUCAAGAAUGAUUCUCCGGAGUCGGAGGGUCGAGACGGAGGAAACACUUUCACCCUGUUAUUUAUUCUAUUUCUAAUGAUCGUAAUUGGAGGCGCUGGUAUCUCGUGGGUCUGCUUUCAGCAGAGCCAAACGAUAACCUAUUUGACUGACAAUUUCAUGGGAAUGCAGAUGAAAAUUGUGAAACUUCAGGCCUCGCAGGAAGAAAUUCGACAGUCUAACAAGGAGCACUCAUCGGAGGGUGCCGAGAACCGCCUGAAUGCCCUGGAGGAGUCGUACGCGCUGGCCCAGAGGCAGGUGGGCGUCGCCAUGGCCACGGCAGAGCAGCUGAAGACCUCGGACCUGCCUGCCCAGGUGCUUUCCCUCCACACGGAGAUGAAGGCGCGCCUGGCCGAGAUGCAGCAGGCCACCGCGUCGGCCGAGCAGCUGGGCCAGCUGCACGGCGCCCUGCAGGGCAAGAGCGAGGAGCUGGAGGUGGUGCGGCUCCAGGUGGAGGGCCUGGGGGCGCUCGCCGCCCAGCUGGCCCAGAGAGUGGAGAGCUUGGCGGGGGGACUGGGCGAGGCGCACGCCUCCCUGGACGUGCAGGCCGCCGACCUCCGGGAGCUGAAGGAGCUGUUGGAGGGAGAGGAUCCGGAGGUCGAUGCGGAGGUCGAUGCAGAGGUCGAUGCCGUCAGUGAGACGCUGGAGUCUGAGCUUCCGAGCAGUGUCGAGGAGGAAGAAAUCGUGCCGGAGAGUGAGGAGCAGGUGCAGGAGGCCCUCCCCGAGGUAGAAGAGGAGGCAGCACCACCAACACCAGCACCAGCGGCAGAGGAGGCGGUGCCCACAGCUGUAGCUGUAGAAGAACCAGAACAGGAGGAGGAGGCUGCUGUAGCAGAGCCUGAGGAGGAGACAGAAGCAGCACCCGCGGCCCCGGUGGAGCCAGAGGCCGCUGUGGCGGAGCUGGAUGGUAGCGAGGUCGUUGAGGAGCAGGCAGCGACCGAAGACUCGACCGUCCCACAAACGGAGGAGGUUGUCCCAGAGGAGCAGGUAGAGGCGGUUGCUGAAGAAGAGGAGGCUGCGGAGGAAGAGGAGGCUGCGGAGGAAGAGGAGGCUGCAGAGGAAGAGGAGGCUGCAGAGGAAGAGGAGGCUGCAGAGGAGGCUGAGGAGGAAGAGGAGGCAACAGAGGAGGUUCAGGAGGAGGAGGAGGAGGUGACUGAAGAAGAGGCUGUUGAAGUGGAGGUGAUUGAGGAAAACAAUAUUGCUCCCGAGGAGGAGACUGAAGAAGAUAUUGUUGAGGAGGACUCUGUAGUUGAGGAGGAGAAGCCUCUUGAAGUAGCCAUGGAGGAGGAGAAGAAGGAGGCGGUAUCUGAGCAGGAAACAGUAGAAGUGGAGGAGGUGCCAGAAGUGCGUACUGUUGUAGUGGAAGAAGAAGCUGUGGAUCAAGCCAAGGAGGAGUAGCGCUGUGGGACGUAUGCAGAGGGGACAAUGUUCCACAACUGAAGAAUGGACAGUCUACAACGUGGGGACAGGGGAGGGGGGGACACCCGGGACUACUGGAGCUGAGGCGCAGUCUGCACAUGCUGGCACUUCUCUAGCUGGAAGAUCAGGUCGCACUCGACACUGAAGCUCUCGGUACCUCAAAAUAAUGUGAGCCCAUAGGCGUCAAAUUCUCAGUUAUUCAGGGUUCCCUCGCCAACGCCAACCCCCAAGAGCCUUAAUCUGUUGAAAGAGUACAGAUGUUUCAACACAACGCCAUCUUUUCAACAUCGCAUACUUCACCUACCAUAAGAAAGAGAACUAGCCCCCCUUGUUAACUCCUUUUGAAGCCAUGUAUCUGUUUUGUCGUGUAUUGGUAGCAGAAAGACUCGGAGUAUAUAUGCUGUGUGUCAUGUGAUACUUGUUUACACUAGAAGGCUGCUGACACAUACACCUUAAGUACUAGAAUAAGAAGGGAAAUGUAAUUCUAACUAAUCGAUCUCGUAUUGUUUUCUUAUUGAUUUCUUUGUUGAUUUUUUUCAUGUCUUGUCUUUCCUCCUUUCAAUACAUAGUGGGUUACAAGGGGAAUAUAAUUGGUGCCACAAAAAAAACACAAACACCUGAAUACAGUCAGUUUUUUUAUUUGUACCUUUUAAUAUUUUUAGUGCCUUUUGCACUACAUGUCCUCAUCCAAAGCCCCGCCCCUUUGUAUUGUUCAAUAAACUUUUUUU